UAACUAAGACGCUGUCACAAAACGCGUGAGCAAACGCGAACAAAUUAACUUAGGUGGUGUGUUUCCGAUUCAACAACUGAGUUUCGCCGAACCCCGAAAUUCUAUAAAUACCGGAACGCUAAUAGAAAGCCCGUGUCAUUGUUUUUACGAUAUUUCGCUCGAUUCUCGUUCUUUCUUCUCUGCGAUUUUUAUUUUCAUUUCUGUCUCCUUCAUAUCUCGGCAGAGCUUUAUAAUUGGACGAAAGAGAUAAUAUUAACAGCAGUUAAUACCGGUUUCAGCAUUUGAAGAUUGUUUCGUGUUUCGUUUCUCCGUUUCGUUCGAGCUUGUAAGCCAGCUGUAGGGCCAUCCCGUGUGGUUGCAUAUGGUGUUGUUUGCUCGCCACUAUGUGGGGUAGCAGAGCUUUUUGUUGUGCACAACCACCUAUGGCUGAUAAACUUCAAUCACCACACUCACAGACACUGUGGCUAUGCAGAUGAGAAGGAGCCUGCUGCUUGAUGGACUGCUCACCAAAUAGCUGUGACAAGAAAACAUUGAAGAGGUGGUUCUUCAUUGAUAAAAGGGUUGGGUGACAAGGGUAUUUGUGUUUGAAGAUUGAAGCAUAAAGAUUCGCAUUUGUGUGUGGGAUUAAGUUUUACUAAGUUUCCACGUUAUAGGCUGUGCUACAAAUCUUGAUUGAAUGGAUUUGAAAUCUAAUCAUACCGCUCCUGUUCUUGCUGAUUCUGCACCCAUAAACAAGUCAAGAUUGGGUGUGCAUUCCUGUAUGUUACCAUAUUCUUCAGGAGCUUUCUCAGAUUUAUUUCUAAAUAUUCCUUGGAAGAAAACUGGAAUACUUAAUGAUGUCCGUGCUCAUUCUUGGCUCGAUGCCAUGAAAGCCUCAUCCCCUCCUCCUCAUAGGAAGAUAAUCAAGGAUUCGAACAAUGAUCAUGCAUCAAGUGAUGCUGAUGUUGCUUACUGUACUUGGCUGCGUAAUUAUCCAUCUGCACUUACAUCUUUUGAACAAAUCACGAAUUGUGCAAAAGGCAAGACGAUAGCUUUGUUUCUAGAUUAUGAUGGAACUCUUUCACCAAUUGUGGACAAUCCUGAUUUUGCUUUCAUGUCUGAUGCUAUGCGUGCAGUUGUUAAAAAGGUGGCAAAACAUAUCCCUACUGCAAUAAUCAGUGGAAGAAGCCGUGACAAGGUUUACGAGUUUGUAGGACUGAAAGAGCUAUAUUAUGCUGGAAGUCAUGGAAUGGACAUCAUGGGUCCUGUUGAACAAUUUACUUCUGGCAAUCACCCAAACAGUGUUAUGUCCACAGACAAGCAGGGGAAGGAAGUUAAUAUUUUUCAGCCUGCUAGGGAAUUUUUGCCUAUGAUCGAAAAGGUUUUUAGUUCCCUUGUGGAGAAAACCAGGGAAAUUAAGGGUGUAAAAAUUGAGAACAAUAAAUACUGUGUCUCUGUCCAUUACCGUAAUGUAGAGGAAAAGAGUUGGGAAACUGUUGCACAUUGUGUCCAUGAAAUUAUGAAGCACUAUCCACGUUUGCGAUUGACUCAUGGGCGGAAGGUUUUAGAGGUCCGACCUGUGAUCAAUUGGGACAAAGGGAAAGCUGUCAUGUUUCUACUUGAAUCACUUGGGUUAAGUAAUCGCGAUGACGUGCUUCCAAUUUAUGUUGGAGAUGACCGCACAGAUGAAGAUGCAUUCACGGUUUUAAGAGAGGGAAAUCGUGGCUAUGGCAUAUUGGUUUCACCUGUGCCCAAGGAAAGCAAAGCAUUUUACUCUCUGAGGGAUCCAUCAGAGGUGAUGGAGUUUCUCAAGUCAGUUGUGUAUUGGAAGCAGUCAAGUGCUCUAUGAAGUAUAUAAUUACAUAAAAUAAUUAAAAGCAGAGGCAAUUACUCUUUGAUAAACACAUACAAAAAGCUAGCCUAUAUGUUUUAGAGAAAUUAUAUCGAGAGGUUUUGAAGCAGAUUUGCUCGGAAGACCACCUCCAUGAAGAUAUUAAUGUCUGGAGGGUGGAAGCAUAACUGUGUCUGCUCAAAGCUUCUUACAGUGACUGUAAAUUCCUUGCUUUUAACCUCAUAUCUUCAUUCUUUAAUCUCCUUCAGUUUUGGUCAAUAGUUAUAAUAUUUGUUAAUUCUUUCAGUUAUAGAAAUGCAUAUGUAUAAGCUUAUUACCUUGGCUAUUAUUUGAAGCAUUUCUCCAAACUGUAGUAUGUGGGAAGGGCAAAUAUAUAAUAUUCAUAUUAGCUUCGCACCUUUUA